GCUGCUGUUGCCUCGGCGGACGCGUGAACCUUGAGGGUGGUCCGGACCGGCGCCGGUGACGGCAGAGACCCCAACGCCAACAUGCAGAGCUGGAGCCGGGUCUAUUGCUCUCUCGCCCAGAGAAACCAUUUUAGCCGGCUCCAACAUGGCUUACAAGGCAUUUCUGCAGUUCCUUUAAGAACCUAUGCUGACCAAGUUGAUGCUGAUGUUACUGUCGUUGGAUCUGGCCCAGGGGGGUAUGUUGCUGCUAUCAAAGCUGCUCAACUUGGCUUUAAGACUGUCUGUGUGGAAAAAAAUGAAACACUUGGUGGAACCUGUUUGAAUGUUGGAUGCAUACCUUCAAAGGCCUUGCUAAACAAUUCGCACCUCUAUCAUUUGGCCCAUGGAAAAGACUUUGCUAGUAGGGGAAUUGAAAUUACAGGACUCCGGUUGAAUUUAGAGAAGAUGAUGGAGCAGAAGAGUGGUGCAGUAAAGUCCUUAACAGGUGGAAUUGCUCACUUGUUUAAACAGAAUAAGGUGACACAUGUGGCUGGGUUUGGAAAAAUAACUGGCAAAAACCAGGUCACAGCAACCAAAGAUGACGGCAGCACUCAGGUUAUUAAUACAAAGAACAUUCUCAUAGCCACAGGCUCAGAAGUAACACCUUUUCCAGGAAUUACGAUUGAUGAGGACACAGUUGUAUCGUCCACUGGUGCACUAUCUUUGAAGCAAGUCCCUGAAAAAAUGGUGGUCAUCGGCGCAGGAGUGAUUGGUGUGGAACUGGGUUCUGUCUGGCAGCGUCUGGGUGCAGAUGUGACAGCUGUGGAGUUCUUGGGCCAUGUUGGUGGAUUGGGUAUCGAUAUGGAGAUUUCUAAGAACUUCCAGCGUAUUCUCCAGAAGCAAGGACUUAAAUUUAAAUUAAAUACUAAAGUUACUGGUGCUACGAAGAAACCAGAUGGAAAGAUUGAUGUUUCGAUUGAAGCUGCUGCUGGUGGCAAAGCAGAAGUGAUUACUUGUGAUGUGCUUCUAGUUUGUAUUGGCCGGCGUCCUUUCAGUAAGAAUCUUGGUCUGGAAGAUGUGGGUAUUGAACUAGAUAACAGGGGUAGAAUCCCAAUCAACAACCGAUUCCAAACCAAAGUUCCAAAUAUCUACGCUAUAGGCGAUGUUGUCGCUGGACCGAUGCUUGCUCACAAAGCUGAAGAUGAAGGCAUUUUGUGCAUUGAGGGCAUAGCUGGAGGCGCAGUUCACAUUGACUACAACUGUGUGCCCUCAGUCAUCUACACACACCCUGAAGUUGCCUGGAUUGGCAAAUCCGAAGAACAGCUGAAAGAAGAGGGGACAGAAUACAAGAUUGGCAAGUUUCCUUUUGCUGCUAACAGCAGAGCUAAGACCAAUGCUGACACAGAUGGUUUGGUGAAGAUACUAAGUCACAAGUCAACAGACAGGAUGCUUGGAGCUCACAUUUUAGGCUCGGGUGCUGGAGAAAUGAUUAAUGAAGCCGCUCUUGCAAUGGAAUAUGGAGCAUCCUGUGAAGAUGUAGCCAGAGUUUGCCACGCACAUCCAACUGUAUCUGAAGCCUUCAGGGAAGCCAAUCUAGCCGCAUCAUUUGGCAAAGCUAUCAACUUCUAAAGUGAAGAGAUAUCCAUAAUGUACUACGCACACUUUCCUGUGAAAACUGACUAAAGGCUUUGUGGAAAGCUGGGUCUUUUGGAUACUUCUGGGACUUAAUUAAGCGAACUUUUGUUUAAGACACGAGAUAUUUAAAACAAAUAGGGGGUUGGGGGGAAUCACCCAACAGCUGUAUAUUAAAAGGUUAUUUGCAUUA